GCUAGCCUCGCUGUCCGACGCAUCUCUGCUCACCGCCAUUUUACCCCACCCAAGGCUCCGUGGAGGACUGUUGUUUUCUUGUUAUAUUUAUACCUAGUAUUUAUUCAUAGAUAUUUAUAUUUCAGGCUGAUCUGGAAUGGUUUACUGAGAGGAAAGGCAGAGCUAGCCGAAAUGCAGUCUGUUAGAGCACCGGGACAGUCUUUAGCGAGGUGAAACGGAAAUUGACAAACUUUGGGCAUGUGUUUACUGUACGAGUCCGUAGAAAUCUCAUCGACUAAGGGCUGAACAAAAACGGGGUGGGUUCCAUAAAGAACCCGCCGUUGGACCAAACUGCGUUCAAGCUGGAACUGAUGGAACUGGAGAAUAUUGUCGCCAACACGGUUUACCUCAAGGCCAGGGAAGGUGGAGCAGACUCAAACAAAGGCAAGAGCAAAAAAUGGAAGAAGAUACUGCAGUUUCCACACAUUUCGCAGUGUGUAUAUCUCAGGGACAAAGUUGACAUCUCCUACGGGUACAUUGUGGAGCAACAGCCCAUUGGCAGGCUCCUGUUUCGGCAGUACUGCCAGACAAAACCCCAUUACUGCAAGUGCAACAGCUUCCUAGAUGCAGUGGAAGCUUACGAGUUGCAGUUAGAUGAAGACCGUGCUUUGGCAGCUCAAGAUGUAUUCAACAAGUUUCUCAGUGAACAGUCAAGUGAAUUUGUGGACGUGGUCAAUGAAGAUCUGGUGGAGAAGUGCAAACAAGGCCUGGCAGAAGCAUCCAAGGAUUUAUUCGCUGAAUGUGCAAGGGCUGUCAAGGAGUUCCUUAUGGGAGGGCCCUUCAAGGAGUUUGAAGGCAGCAUGUACUUUGACCGAUAUCUACAGUGGAAGUGGCUGGAGAGCCAGCCUGUGACUGCCAAGACAUUCCGCAUGUACAGGGUCUUAGGCAAAGGGGGUUUUGGCGAGGUUUGUGCUUGCCAAGUGCGUGCGACUGGAAAAAUGUAUGCUUGCAAAAAGUUAGAGAAGAAGCGCAUCAAGAAGCGGCGUGGUGAGACGAUGGUGCUGAUUGAGAAGCAGAUCCUACAAAAGGUCAACUCUCGCUUUGUGGUAAGCCUGGCCUAUGCGUAUGAGACUAAGGAUGCACUGUGCCUGGUGCUGACCAUCAUGAAUGGCGGGGAUCUCAAGUUCCACAUGUAUUCUAUGGGUGGGGAGCCUGGGUUCGAGCCACAACGGGCACGCUUUUAUGCUGCAGAAGUGACGCAAGGUCUAGAACACCUUCAUGCUAAGGGAAUAGUGUACCGAGACCUCAAGCCAGAAAACAUCCUGCUGGAUGACCAUGGCCAUGUGCGGAUCUCAGAUCUUGGCCUUGCAGUGGAGAUACCUGAUGAGCACGAGGGUGUCCGUGGUCGCGUGGGAACCGUAGGCUACAUGGCACCCGAAGUGAUCGACAAUGAACGGUACACUUACAGCCCCGACUGGUUCAGUUUGGGCUGUCUCCUCUAUGAAAUGCUUGAAGGCCAAGCCCCCUUCCGGGCACGCAAAGAGAAAGUGAAGCGUGAAGAAGUUGAACGCAGAGUUAAGGAAGAGCGGGAGAAGUACUCAGCCAAGUUCAGUGAGGAGGCCAAGGACUGCUGCCAGCAGCUACUGGCAAAAAGCCCUGCAUCCCGGCUUGGCUGCCAGGAAGGUCGCGCAGGUGCCCUCCAGGUAAAACGGCACCCUUUCUUCAAGAGCCUUAACUGGAAGAGACUGGAGGCGGGCAUGCUUGAGCCACCUUUUGUGCCCGAUCCACAUGCAGUGUACGCAAAAGAUGUGCUGGACAUAGAGCAGUUCUCUACUGUCAAGGGCGUCAACCUGGACGCUAGUGACGACUCCUUUUAUAGCCAGUUCAACAUGGGUUCGGUGUCCAUACCAUGGCAAACUGAGAUGAUUGAGACUGAGUGCUUCAAGGAGCUCAACGUGUUUGGACCGAGCCAGACGCGGCCCCCUGACCUCUGCUGGGAGCUACCCCCGGCUGAGGACCGCCGGGGCUGCUUCCCCUUCCGCAGGAAGCCACGAUCCCGGCCCAGCUGAGCUCUCCCAGACUAUGCAGACCCUGUAUUCCAGGCAUAAUUGUUGCACCCAAUGGCACUCUGAGCCCAAACCUUUCAGGGACCCUUGUUUGGUGAAUUGUUUGUGCAACGCUAGUCAUGACAUUCCUAGUUUUGGCGGACUACUCUUAAUUUAUUUGACGCUCCUGUUGUGGAGUUAUGUGGCACCAUUUGCAUCCAAACCUUGUGUGUGUUGUCCUGAAAUGACAGUUUGGUUUUGUUUGUAAUUGCAGGAACGUUUGCGAGUUAACCUGUGCAGAUCCCCACAAUCCCUACCUUCUGUGUGUUUCAGUGGAGUUGUGAUUGUGCCAUUUACAUUUUUGUAAAUACCAUGGUAAACUAGCUGUUUUGUGACUCCCUCGAAUAAAUUGUCAUCUCUUGGUCAUGGUGAGGCUUGCUGUUUUUAAGUGCAGAAUAUUAUAUAUACUGUUGAUCAUGAUGCUUCUGCACUUAAGUGGAAACAGGUUCAGCAGGGUUUUUUUUUUUUUUUUUUUUUUUUUAACUAUUGCUAACAAAGGCAGCAGGGCUGUAUUGCUAUAGCUUUGUUGUGCAAACAGCUCGCUUAGUUGCUGCUACCACUAGUGACAUGGUCUCAAGCACACAUAUCAAAGUGGUGCGGCAACUUAGUUUUCAUCCCUUUGUUUUAAUGCCAUUUCUCUGCAUUACCAUUGCAUGAAGAAACAUUGGUCUUGUUGACAAUGGUGUUUGUCACACAUGUAAGAUGUGCUGCACAGCCACCUCUUCCCCAGUACCUUUUAUGUGUUAUGCUAAAGAUAUUUUAAGUGUGCUUGUACAUUUUGACUUUAUCUUUCUUUUAUCAGAUAGGUGCUUUGUUCCUUUCUUUGCAAGAGAAAGACAGUGUUCUUUGAAUGUCAAUUUGCAAGGACAUGUUCAAAGGUUUUACUCAGGGUCAUUUCCAUAAUUUCACAUAACUUUAGCUUUAUUCACUUUUUUUUCUGUUUUUAGUAUCGGUAGCACUUUUGUGUGCGAUGACACUGGCCUGCCGUACAAUAGAGAUGUGUUGCAUGCACUGUGGAAUUUUAGGUUGUGCUCCUUGGCUGCAAGGCAGUGGUUGUGCACAGUUGCGCACUCACUGUUUCACACAGCACAGAAGUGAGCGAAUUUUUACAGAAUGAGUUCUGUUGAAGUAUAAGCAUUGUGAAGUCCACUUGUGCAACAGAAAUGUCAUUCGUACUUGCCAUGAUGUAUUUGGCUUUAGGUGAACUGGGCGUCGGCUGUGUUUUUUUAAUGACUUCCUCUCAAGGAUACCAGGCUGUAUGCUUGGUGUACACACAUACACACACAAAUGGGGUUAUCUGAUUUGUACUCGUCUGUGCUAGUUGUUGUUCAGUACAGUUCAACACAGUGUAUGUAAUUUAUGUUCAGCCCUGGUAGGUAAAGCCCAUUGAAUGCUGAGUGUGGCACCUGCUCAGGAUAAGGGUGGCCUUUUCUGCUUCACCUGUGGCAACAUGCCUUGCAAUCAUUUCAAUGACUUUUCAGUACAGCUGUAGCAGCAGUAUAGAUGUUGCACUCUGUUGGUCCUCCAAUUGAAGUAUGCUUUGGUAAUCUGCAUCCAUUUGUCCGUCAAUAAAAGAAUGCCUUUCCCUAUUAGUA